AUGCCGGCGAAAGGAGGCAACACGAAGAAAGAGUCGGGUCGAGCCAAGAAGGCUGCCAACGAGGACAAGAAGGCCUCGGAAGCCGCGGCGCGUGCUGAGGCCGAAGAGGCCGCACGCUGGGACGACCCUGCCAGUGGAAAGGGCAAGAGCGCCGCCGAAAAGAAGGCGGACAAAGCCGCCGAAGCGGCGCGCAAGGCCGAAGAGAAACGACGUCUGGAGGCCGAGGACGAAGCCUCGAUGCCCGUCGCCCCCGUGAAGUCAACCAACAAGGGCAAAGGCGCACCCAAGAAGUCCGCGCUCAAGUCCGGCGGUCCCACAGGCAUCGAUUCGGCCAUCGCGUCGUUCAGCGCGUCGAACCUCGACGAUGCGCUCGACGCCAUGUCGCUCGUCAACGAACGCACGGACAAGGCCAGCAAGGGUGCAGCAGCAAGCCAGAUCGAGCGCCACCCGGAACGCAGGUUCAAGGCCGCCUUUGAGGCGUACAAGGAGCGCGAGCUGCCGCGCAUCAAGGAGGAGCAGAAGGGCUUGCGGCUGCAGCAGUACCACGAUCUGCUGUACAAGCAAUUCCAGAAGCAUCCGGACAAUCCCUUCAACCAGCUCAGCGUCGCGUACGAUGCGAGCAAGGAAGACAAGCUGGCCGCACUCGAAGGCAAGAGGAGCCAGGCGGAGAAGCGAUUGCGCGAUGCUUAG